AUUUAGACAGGGGAAUUUCCAAACAAUACAUGUGCGGGAACAGAAUACUUUGCAGACAAGUACUGCAGACACUAUACACAAAGAAGGAUUUUGCAGACAACAUAGAUAUUUGUCAGUCAAUGAAGGGAACUAAAAGCUGGAGAUAAAACAAAAUCAAGUUAUGUCUGCUGUCCAGUUAAAGGAUCACCCAGUGUGGAAAGAUAUACAGGAGUAUAACACUCCAGACAAGAUACAGGCUCAGAUUGCUUUUAUGGUGUAUAUGGAGCUUUGUGAAGAUAAAGGUUGGUGGAAUAUGAAGACACAUUUGUGCCAGGAGCUAUCUGUAGUAUUUCUAUCUGGUCAUGCUAGCAGGAAUAAACCAAGGGAGAUAAUCAUACCUAUGUCAGCUGACACAGUGCUUAAUCCUGCCCAGAUACAGACAUAUAUACUGACAGUGAAGAUACCAGAUCAUCAUACAAACAGUGUUAUUCUGGCUAUAUGUGGUGAGGACUCUGGUACAGUUUACUACAAAUUGACAGAUGGAUUGGUGCCUCCUGAUCCUCCAGAUCUCACAGACUGGAAAAAAUAUAGACGCGAAGAGAUACCAGAUUUAAAGCGCCACCAUGUGAGUGACCAAACAGCCAUGUAUAUAAAUAGAAAACAAGCAAAGACGUCAAAUGCAGAGACAAAUGAAGAGAAUAACACAUGAAAAAGGACAUAUUAAUGACAUGUAUUUAUUAGUGAAUUAUUUACCUGUCAUCAGAAUGUGUAUUAGUUUGGAAGUAGAAGAGCUCAUUAAAUAUGCUGGGUGUAUUCAUGCAAUUUCUUAAAUUAAACUGAGAUGUGUUGUUGAACAUAAUGGUGUUUAACAACACUAAAUAACAGCCAAUAACUUUUAAAAUGAUUUUCUGAUCCUAUUGAGACAGAAACACUAUGGUGCUUGUGUCAUUGGAAAUUCUGGCCGAACCAGAAUUAUGAUAUGUCAUUAAAAGGAACUAAAAGUUAUAUUUUGAAGAUUUUAAAAAAUGCAACAUAUUUCUAUUAGAAUACAUGAUGUUCAUAUUCUGAAUUGACUUUAAAAAUCCUCAAGAGUGCUUAUUUUUUUAUUUAUUUGGUAAGAACCAGAAAAUUAGGUAUUGUUUUACCCAAAUGCAUAAUGGCUGAUUAUAAGAUAACCUAAGCAUAAAGUGCAUGGGUAGAGCUUCUUUGAAUUUGUAGGCCAGUAAAAUGGGGUCUUUCAAAAAUGAACUUCGAGUGAUCCAGGAUUGUAUUACCAAACUGGUUACCGUUUUGAGCUAUGAAAUGUGGCCUUAUUGUUUUUAAAAUAGACCAAGAUAUAUUUUAAAAUACAGGGAUAUUUGUUUUGUAGUUUUUAAAUACCUCAAUAUGAAUUGUUAUUUCAGUAUUGUGAGUACAAAUGUAUUAAUACAUUAGUAGAAAUGUAUUGAUAAUGUCAAGAAUAUGAAUGCAUCCUUGAUAAUGUUUCAGAAAAACAAAUAAAAUACUAUAAAUAGCCAGAA